AUGAAGUACGCUGCUGCUCUCGUUGCCAUGGCCGGCUCUGUCAUGGCUGGCUACCCCCACAACGGCGGUUACCAGGCCACCACCACUGAGGUCGAGGUCACCUACACCACCGUCUGCCCGGCCACGGAGACUGUCACCUACCCUGGCAACACGUACGCUACCACGUACACCACCACCAGCGUCUAUGUGACCAAGAUCCCCACUGUCAUCUAUGAGACCGUCCACGGUCCCGAUGUGACCAAGACGGAGCACGAUGUCGAGUACACCACUGUCACCAGCCUGUGCCCCGUCACUGAGACCAAGACCAUUGCGGGCGAGACCGUCGUUGUCACCUGGACCUCGACCUCUACCAUUGAGGAGGCCCUGACCAAGACCGACUACGUCCACUACACCGUCACUGAGCACACCAGCACCGAGGUGUACGAGACCUGCCCGGUCACCGUCUACACCACCGUCUCCAAGGGUGAGACCAUCUACAUCACCGAGACUGGCACCGAGACCUUCUACACCACCUAUGAGCACGUCGUGACCGAGACCAUUCCCGUCACCCAGACUGCCGAGGUCGAUGUCACCGUCACCCACGCUGCUACAAACGGCCAGACCGUGACCGAGUACCCUACCGUCUACGUUACUGUCAGUGGCGUCGAGACUGUCUCCCAGGCUCCCCCUCCUCCCGUCACCGUGGUCCAGCCUACCACCGUCUCGACCUCGGUUGCCAUCACUUCUACUCCCGCUCCUGCGAGCACCAGUUCUAUUCCUGUCGCCGCCGGUGCUCAGGCCACUCCUGCAGCCGCCCUCCUCAUGGGUGUUCUCGGCAUUGCUGCUCUUCUGUAA